UUCUUUCUCUUCAUCGGAGGAUUAGCGUAUUAGGUGAUAGGGUUUAUCAACAGAGAACUGGGGCGAAUAAUCUAUACAAUCACAAUCAAUACCAUCACCGUUGAGGGAAGAAACCGUUUGGAUGUCUGGGAGAAUGGACGGUAGACAUUUAGAAGAGAACCAGAAGCAGGACGAGGAAGAAGAAGAAAAAGAUCAGGUGAUGAGCGAGGUACACCUUGGGUGUCCACCUCACACUUCUGGGCCUCACAUUUCCCGCUUCACCAUCUCCACUCCUCCUGAAAUUGAAUACAGCAGAUUAUGUUACCUGUUUAAUGACCAACCGGCUGGCUGGCACCAGAAAAUUAGCCAGGAUGAAGAUGGGGAUCUUUUGGUGCCUAGACGUCGAAAACGAUGUCCUUAUAGUUUUAAUGUCACCAUACAGCAUAACAUCACAUCAUCAGUUCGAAGUGUUGGUUUGCAGGUGUGGAAGGCAGCACUAGUGUUAGCUGAUUUUGUGUUGCACAAAAUAUUUACUUCAUUUGAAUUCGACGGAGUUGUUUCGUUAGAGCUUGGUGCUGGGACAGGGUUAGUUGGUAUUCUGCUUGCACAAGUUGCUAAAACAGUAUUCUUGACAGACCACAGUAAUGAAAUAUUAGAAAACUGUGCCAGGAAUGUUCAACUCAAUUCUGGAGUGUUAAACUAUCGAGCUGCAAUUCAUGUUCGUGAGCUAGAUUGGAUGAAUUCUUGGCCUCCAACUGUACAUACAGGAAAUUUAGCCUCUAAAGAGUGGUAUUCUUGGAGCUCUUCAGAAGUUGAAGAAGUCCAGGAGGCAUCUGUGCUAGUAGCUGCUGAUGUUAUAUACAGUGAUGAUCUGACUGAUGCGUUUUUCACCAUUUUGGAGAGACUAAUGUCCUUGGGCCAAGAAAAGGUUUUGUACUUGGCAAUGGAAAAGCGGUACAACUUCAGUCUUGAUGAUCUCGAGGUUGUCGCAAAUGGUUAUUCACGAUUUCGAAGUUAUCUGAAAGAUGAUGGAGAAUGUGAGGGCGUUCAGCUUGGAUCCUUUCCUUUCGUGGGCAAAUGCAUGGAUCUCGCAUUAAUUCCGCAAUAUGUUGGAGAGUACAACAGGGGUAACAAUGUGGAGCUUUGGCAGAUCAAAUAUGCUGGAAGAAAAACAUAGUUCAUGCAUUUCCUUGAUCAUGAGUAAGAAGUUAUGGAAGCCCUUCAGGUCAUUAGAAAAUUUCGCGAAUGGAGUUUCCUGAUGUCCUUAUGCAAUUGACCUUUAUACGUGUUGGUGACACUGGAAUUUUUACAGUCCCUUGCCUCAUUCAUCCACCAUGGAGACUCUAUGAUGCUUUUUUUGGUCCCCAACCACAACCCUGCUGUGUCCGACUAUACCCGCACCCUAAAGUAACGUAAGAAAAGUGAGAACGCCUGAUCUUGAGCAUUAUUUAGUUGGCGGAUUGUAUAUAAGAAACUUCUUUAACUUUUAUCUUCUUUUGGUAUUCUGCUUGGAAAUUGUUGAAUUCCACCAUACUUCUUAAUUUGCAUUUACUUCAUGAAAAUGAUCGUGGACACCUCAUGGAGAGACUUUUUCUACUUUUGAUAUUGUUUAGGAAGAUGGAGUUGUUUGGUUUA